AGAGCCGCAAAUGGGUGUGUUACGGUAUUUUAAACGCCGGCAGAUGAGAUGGCGGAGUGUUAUCCAUAUCCCGUGACAGUUGAGGGGGAUUGGGGCCCAAAUGUUGCAAAACAAUGUAAAAACAAACUUCAGAUUUACUUCCAGAGUAAGAAGAGGUCUAACGGAGGUGAAUGUCUGGUGGAAUAUGAGGAUCUCAACAGCAGUCAAGCAACAGUCUGGUUUAAAACAGACGAAACAAGGCAACAAAUACUCGACAAAAGUAAUCAUGAGUUGAAUUUAGAAAGAGAAACGGUGAGGCUGACUGUCAGAGUACAUCAAGAUAAAGCAGGAGGCUGGAAUCCUACUGUACCUGAAAAAGAAGCAAGUAUUCCACCAGAACAAGAUGUACCAGAAUGUGUUGAACUAACAAGAAGUGUCAAAGUGGAAAACCUACCACCUAAUGUCAGUGAAGGUCUGCUUCAUUUGUACUUUGAACAGCCAAACUGUGGAGGUGGUAAAGUUGAAAGCAUUACAAUGUUACUUGAAGAAAAGGCAGCUAUUAUCACCUUUCUGGACGACAAAGUGCCUGAGGCUGUAAGAAAGAAAGCCCACACAAUCAAUAAAGCAGCUGUAAAGGUGUAUCCCUAUUAUGAUUCUUUGGGUACAGCUUUGUAUGGGAAAGAGAGACCACUGUGGAAGCUGCCAGACCCGUUUACUGAGAUCAUGGAUUCCUGUGUUUGGAAGUUUCUACACACAAAUAACAAACACAUUACAAUUCUAACAGAAACCAUGGCAAAGUGUUUCUGUGAACUAGACUGCACAAGUCCGGUAGCAAAAAUCAGUCCAUCCCCUGCCUUAUUGAAGCAAAAGUCCAUGACUGCUAAGCAUAUCAAUGCCUGGCAGUAUGAUGCUUCAAAAGCAUUUUGGAAUGUCCUGUCCAAGUACAAGUACAUUGACUGUCCUGUAAAUUCUUUAGUCUGGAAAGUAGCUGAGGAAGACAUUCGCAGUGCAUUGACAGAUGCUGUAAUCCUUGUACCAGACAUGUUCCUGGGGAAAGUCAUGUUGGUGGGAUUGGCAGAGGAUGUUGACAGACUAGAGUGGGUUCUGACUGAGAUUGUGGACAAAGCCACUAAACGGAUUGAAAGGGAACAGAAUAGCCUGACAGAGAAGGUUCCUGUGGUACCAGCCAUGUAUAACAUACUGAAGCACGAUGGACUUGUGGAGAAUACCAUGAAGGAUCAUCCAGAGCUCAAGCUAGUUUACAAACCAGAUGUGAAGAGUCUGAUCCUUUCUGGUUUAGCGGUCGAGGUGUUCAGUAUCAAGAGCAAAGUACUGGAAGCAGUAAUGCACAUGAAGAGGAAACAAGUUGAGCUCAACCCUCAUAUUGUCAGCUUUCUUAGUGAGGUGGAUAACGAGGAACUAUCAUACUGCAUCUUUACUGCAAAUGGCAUCAACGCAAUGUGCGAGACUCAGGAAAGUGUUGUUUUUAUCAUUGGAAACACAGAUAGAGCUUUAAAUGAAGCCGAAAAACAGAUUAAUACAUUUCUAGUCUUUCAGUGCAUUGAAGUAGAAGAUAGCAAGGUGAUCAAAAAACAAGAGUGGGUACAGUUAAAAAAAUGUCUUGACAAGACGUACAACAGCCCAAAGAAAACCAUGGCAAUAAAAAUAUUCCAGAAGAACUCCAAAAUACAAAUAGUAAUUUCUGGCUACUGUGAUCAUGUGAAGCACGUGUAUAAACAAGUGUCUGAUUUUGUCAACAGAAACUCGCACAUCGAAGAAAUUGUUAACGUUAAUUCCAGCGCAGUUAUCAAGUUCAUAAAAGACAGAAAAAAUGAUUCAUGGGCGAGGAAUACACACAUAGGGGAGGUGAGAAUUGACUUUCAGACAAGCAAACCAAAAAUCAAACUGAACGGUCCAAGGGUUUAUGUUUUGGAAAUGAAGAAGUUGUUUGAAAAGAUUGUUGCAUCUCUCCAUGCUGACGUGUUGAAAAUCAAUAAGCCUGGGGCAAAGAAGUUUUUCCGAGAACAGGGGAACAUGUAUAUUUCCCUAGCCAUGCGGGAACAUAACUGUGUUGUGGUGCUUGACUCUCAGGAAGGUGAUGAGAAGACUGAAGCCAUGGGUAUCUUAACAGCUUUCCCACCAAGUAAUUUACAAAAACACAAAGACCUUGCUGGGAUGGGGAGACCACAGCCAUUACUUUCCGGUGCAUGGUCACUAGAACCCCCUGGAAUCUCCUCAGAUCACAAUAAACACAGACCAUAUGGAAGCCUGGCUCUGUACAGGGAAAACUGGUUUAGAAUCCCUCAGCCAACAGUUUCUAAUACACAACAGUUUAAUGAAAAUCCUGUUAAAAAUGUGGAGUUGAGAACAAUUAGAAACAGAAGACCUGCAACGGAUCUUGCCAGCAUCCUAGGAAAUGGAAUCAUCCAAGACAAAUCAAUACUUACUGCUGAACUGAUGGGCAGAGUACAGAAAAGUAAUGGUAAAGCAGAACUCCUUUUUGGAAAGCCUGGUAAAGAAGAAAACCCUAAUGAAGAGUUUGUUUUGGAAGGAGGAAAAAUUGAUCCAGCAGUUUUGCACAUCUGUGCAGAAACAAGAAGCAGUGUGGAAAGAGUCAAGUCCUGGCUAACAGAUUUAAUUGAUAAAGAACAUGUUGAGGAGAAGAUUGAGGAUGUGUGCAUCAAGCGAUUCACUGAUAAGGAAAGUAAGGCAAUUGAAAGCCUUCAAAAGAGGCUCCAGAUCAGAGUGGAAGUGAAAUACCUUCCAGCUGGGCCUUUCAUCCAAGUGGGAGGGCUCACAAGAGAUGUGCUGAAAGCAUGCACUGAAAUCCAGGAUAUGAUCCGGAGAAUAAGAGACGAGGAAAUCCAGAAGCGUCCUUUGUUCAGUGUUCCAAGGCACUGGGAUGACAUGAAGGGGUCCUCAUGUCUGCAGAUACCCCUAAAGGCAUCCUCACAGGAGUACAUGGAGGUGGAGAGGUCAUUUAAACGCACUUGUCACUUGACUAUUCUCAAGAUUGAAAGAAUUCAGAAUCCUAACCUGUGGCUGAUUUACCAACUGAAAAAACAAGCCUUUGAUGAGAAGAAUGGCAACACUAAUAAUGAAAAGCAGUUAUUCCAUGGAACAUCAUAUCAGACAGUAGAUAUAAUUAACACCAAUGGAUUCAAUAGGAGCUUUUCUGGAAAGAAUGCUGCAGCCUACGGGAAUGGAACCUAUUUUGCAGUUAAUGCCAGUUAUUCUGCAAGUGGUACUUACUCUGUACCCGAUCCACAAGGACAGAAGUACAUGUAUCUCACCAGAGUCCUCACUGGGGUGUUUACCAAUGGAAGACCUGGCAUGAAAGUUCCUCCUGCCAAGAAUGCUUCAGAUCCCACUGAUUUGUAUGACAGUGUAACUGACAACCCUGCAAAUCCAGCUAUAUUUGUAAUAUUCCAUGAUGUACAAGCUUAUCCCGAGUAUUUAGUCACCUUCUGUUAGUUCUCUCUCUCACAGUAUUGUGUAUGUGGAGGUCACAAAAAGGUCUAUUACAGUUUGUAACCAAUUGGUGAUAGUUCAUGGAGAAAUCAAACAUCUCUAAUUUGAAAGUCCCAUUCCAAAAAACCAUAAUGAUUCACUGCCUUAAAUGUUGUAAUUCUGGUUUAAUGUCUCAAAUUUUGAAAUGUUUGUUUUGCAAUAAAACUAAUGAAAUAGU